AUGUCUAACAAAAAAAGAAGAAAUAUCCGUAAAAAAUUAUAUAAUGAUAGCGAUGACGGUGAUGAAAAACAAGAGACCAUUGUACUUGACCAAACGCAUGAAAAAUCUCGAGACAAGAAUAUUAAUGAUUCGGUUGUAAUGACACCUCCUCCGAGAUUAAGUUUUAUUGAUGAAAUUGAUGAUGAAGUUAUUAUGUCCCCCUCGAUAAAAGCAAAUCCAGCUGUUAAAAACAUCAAUCAAAAUGCUAAUACGCAAAUAUCGAAAACUGAGGAAACGAAUCUUGAAGAAAUAAAAAGUAAAAAUCAAGCAAUACAAUCUUCUUCAACGAAGACGAAGGAUCUUAAGAUAGACAAAGGCGAACUGAUUUUGGAAGAAGAACCGUAUGCAGCAGUAGUAGAUGACAAUAAUCUUGACAAAUUUUGUAGUGGAUGUUUCGCAAAACCGACAAGAUUAUUACGUUGCUCAGCUUGUAACUUGCUUCAUUAUUGUUCAGAGAGAUGUCAGCGAAGUGAUUGGAAACAACACAAAGAAGAAUGCAAAACUUUUGUCAGACUACAACGUAAACCACCAGCAUCUAUUCGUGUUUUCUGUCGCAUCUUAAAAAGACGAUCAGUCGAUAAAGAUUCGUUUGCGGCAAUAAAGAACUUGAAUACAAAUCGUACAAAAUUUAAACAAGAAGAAAUAGAAACAUUCGCCCAAUUAUCAAUUCUUGUAAAAGAAUGCAUAGAACCAUUGGCAGCUGGUGAAAUGAUUGAACUCUUUUGUCGGUUAACUUGUAAUAGCUUUUCGGUGUUAGAUGAAGAGAUGAUUGGUAUUGGCGUUGGAAUAUACACAAAUGCAGCAUUAAUAAAUCACUCGUGUGUGCCAAACUGUCUAGCAACUUUCGAUGGAUCAAAAUUAAUGGUGAGAAAUAUCCAGCCUAUUCAAAAGGACGAAGAGAUAACUAUUGCCUAUACUGAUCUUGGAAUACCCACAAUGGAACGACGCCGAGAACUGAACGAAAGAUACUUCUUCUUAUGUCAAUGUGAACUGUGCAAACAAUAUGAGAGCAAGGAAAAUGUUGACCCACGGAGUGCUUUGCGAUGCAAAACACGGGGGUGUACAAAUCCUAUUGAGCCCCCAGAUCCGCUUGAAAUGCAAGAAGAAAUCAUAGUGGAAUGUUCGAUUUGCAAGCAAAUCAUCACUUACGAUACAGCUGAUGUUGAGAAUCAAAUUAAAGAAUCAAUAGAACUUUACGAGAAAGGCAUGAAGUUACUUGUUCAAGAUGUUGAUGAAGAAAAGGCAAUUUCACAACUCGAACGAUCUUUUGAACUACAAAAAAAUUUACUACACAUCUCAAAUCAAAACCUGAUAAGGACACAAAAAUCACUUAUUGAAUUGUACAGUAAACAAAGAAACUGGCCCAUGGCAUUAUCUCAUUCUCAGCUACUGAUCGAUGCUUAUCGUUUCUUAUUCACCGAAUGGCAUCCGUUAAUUGGGAUUCAAUUGCUUGUCACUGGUCGUCUUUUGCUUUGUAUGCAUCAGGAUGAUGAAGGAGUGCGAAAUUUGAGAGAUUCUCUAAGAAUUUUGGAAGUCUCACAUGGAUAUCAACAUAGUCUCACAAAAUCUGUCGCGGAUAUUUUGAAACAAAUGGAAAGGGAUAUUUCUAUUCGUCAGGGAAAAUUCGAUUAA